AUGGUGACCAAACGAACCAACUUAAACAACAAGUGUGGCGGCCUGGAGCCGGGGGACGCUCGCAGACCCAUCAGACACAUGGACCCCGACCUGGACUCAUACCCCGGCUGGUUGGACGCCGAGCCCCAGGACCCGGCAUCUGGGGGGUCAGCAUCUGGCCCCCCCACCGCACCAGCGGCCCCAAAGAAAACUAAAGCUCAACACCCCCACCCGCAACUGGUCCAGAGAACCACCCGAGCCACCGCCCCCAUAGAAGGUCCCAGCCAUGCCCUCAUUACCCACCCAGCUCAGCCACACAUGAUCCCAACGAUCCCAACGACGGCCCCAAUCCCACCCACCCCGGCCAGCUGGACAAUGCCCUCCGUCGCUGUGGCAGGGGCAAAUGGGGAGACAUACAUCUACAGGCCCUGGCAGCCAGAAGAACUAAAAGACAUAGCCCGACACCUGCCCGAUCCAGUGCAGGACGGGCCACAUUUCGGGGUUGAAUUCGAAUUGUUUUGUCGUCAAUACAGGCCCUCGGCGUACGAAUGGCGCAGGCUCCUGGCCCACAGAAUGAAGCCCUCAGACAUGGCCAAGAUAGAGCCGGUGCUGGCAACAUGCCAGGCCAGCGCCACCAGGGUAAUGUACGAGGACAAUAUUGAUUAUUUGAGGGAACUGAAGGCAUUAACCAAGGCACUUGCAGAUUCUUUCCCGCCCCACAGAGACAUGCGAAAAGUGGACGGCUGCAGACAGGGGACAGAGGAAACCUUGGACUGCUAUCUGGAGCGACUUCAGGCCCUGUUCGAGAGACACAGCGCUUUGGCCAAGGGCUCCACGGAAUACAAGGUACACCUCUGCCACGCAAUCAUGAGGGGAAUCCGAGAUGACGUGGCGGAAGGGGUCCGCACCUGCUACGUGCGGGACCUCACUCACCCAGCAGCCUCAGAGAGCACCACUGCAGGGGGCUCAGCCACAGGGAGCCCGGGGGCCUCAGGGGUCCCAGCACAGGAGGAGGGGCAGGAGGACCUCAGCAGUUCUCAGUUUGUCUGUGAGACGGUCAUUCGCUCCAUGGCCUUGGAGGAGGCCCCCGAGCCCCGGCCAGUCCCACAUCCCAGGGCUGAAGGUCCAGGGGCCACAGGGGCCACAGGGGCCACAGUCAGUGCUCAGGGGCCCUCCUCCUCGGCUCUGAAAGGCCUGAAGAGUCCCGGGACCAGCCCGUCUAAACCUCCGGCCCCACUGCAGGUUCUGUGUGUGCCCUCCACAGCUGCUAAGGGCCCCUACUGUGCUCAGGCGCCCCGCUCUGUCCCCACACACCUCCAGGCCUCGGCCACAGCUGCAGAUGAGGGGGGCCAGUACAGCAUGAAGAGCCUGUGUGUGGCUCCUGCCCAGGGGCCCCAGCGCGGGGACAGGCCUCGAAGCCGCUCCUCCUCCACCUCCUCAGAGGACUACAUCAUCAUCCUGCCCGACUGCUUCGACACCAGCCGGCCCCUGGGGGACUCCAUGUACAGCUCUGCUCUGUCUCAGCCUGGGGACAUUCCUGCGAUCACAGCCCCAGAGCCAGACCCGUCCCCAGACCCAGACCUGUCCUCUGACCAUCCCCCCAGCUCCGCCUCCGAGCCCUCCCCCUCCUCCACCGCCACAGAGAGCAGCGCCCACGACAUGCUGUGCACCUCGCAGACCCUGGAGCAGGAGCCUCUGACUCCGGAGGUGGUGGCGCCCCCUCUGGCUCACAGGCCUGAGAGUCCCGGAGCCGGUGAUCCUCCAGCUGCAGAGGGCAGCCCCGCACCAGAGACGCCCCACGACGAGAAGGACCACGAUGACACCGGAGGAGACCCUGCUGAGCCUGAGCACGAGGCUUCAGAAGAAGAUCACAGGGGCCAGGGACUGACCGGAGGACUGGUCAAAGGGGCGCUGUCUGUGGCCGCCUCUGCCUACAAGGCUCUGUUCACCGGACAGGGCUCCCCUCAGCCCCCGGUGGACCCCUCCUCUCUGGACACCAUGCUGGAUGUGCUGCAGGAGAUGGGCUUCAGGGAGCGAGCUCUGAACCAGAGGCUGCUUCUCAAACACAACUACAACCUGCUGGACGUGGUCAACGAACUGGUGCACCUGACCGAGCCCGACUACUGA